AGUCAAUUCACCUCGGUCCGUAGUAUGUCGGGCAAAGGAGGCAAGGGCAAGACGCCCGCAACGAAGGCUGCCAAGCAGCCAGCUCAAGCUCCCCCUGCUGCGCCGGCCAAGGCCGCGCCCAAGCCUGCGCCCAAGGCCGCGCCCAAGCCCGCGUCGCCCAAGGCCAAGGCGCCGAUUGUGACGCCCGAGCUCGUUGCGCAAAAGAAGGCGCUCCUCGAGAGCCUCUCGACCAGCAAGGUGACAAUGGCCCGUGAUGCCAAGGCCGCGGACGAGGAGCUAGCGAAGCUCUUGAAGACGCCCAAGGCGCGCGUGCAGGGCACGGUCGCGCAGCUCGAGGAGGAAGCCAAGAACCUCGAGUUCCGCCGUACGACGACGUCCAUGUCGCUCAACGAAGAGAAGCGCGUGCUCAAGGACCUCGAGGCCAUCAAGGUGCGGAAGGUCCAAGUCACCGAGUACGAAGAGUUCCAAGCGACGGUCCAGACGCUCAAGGACAAGAAGAACGAGCUCUAUGACACGCUGCGUGCGACCGAGACGCACGAAAAGCUGCUCCAGGCCGAGGUGCGCAAGAUGCAACUCGCCCUCGAGCUGCACACGACGCUCGACGCGUUUGAAACCAUCACGAUCUCGGUGCCCAAGGACAAGAUGGGCAUGGUCGUCGGGAAGAACUACACCAAGCUGCGCCAGUUUGAAGAGACGUACCACGUGCUGCUCGACGUCGAGAACGGGACGCAGGACGUCAAGGCGACGAGCGUGCCCAAGCAAAACGCACUCGUCCUGGCGGCCAUCAACAACAUUGCGCUCGCGACGACGCAGUCCCUCGCCGUGCAUCCGGACGUGCUCAAGCUGCUCAUGAUCCAGAAGGGUCUGCACCUCAAGGCGCUCGAGGCCAAGUGCGACGUCAAGAUUGACGUGCAGCGCGCCGAGAACACGAUCUCGUUCCAGGCCUCGCCCGAGCGCACGCAGCUCCUCGAGGCGACGCUCAAGUCGCUCAACACCAACAAGGCGACGAUCGACCUCCCGACCGACGUCAUCCCCAAGCUCAUUGGCAAGAAGGGCGAGGUCAUCUCCAAGAUCAUGGAAGACACGGGCGCGCUCCUCGACAUUGACCGCGUCACCAACUGCGUGCACAUUGUCGGUCCGGCCGAGAGCGUUCUCGCCGCGCAGGCCUCGGUCGAUGCGAUCAUCCACGACCAAGCCGCGAGCGCCGUCAAGGUCAACGCGUCGGACGUCGCAUUCUUUGGCCGCUGGGACGCAUCGCAAUUUCCCGCGUUUGUCGAGUACCUCAUGGGCGACAAGGCAGCCAAGCUCAAGGCGCUGCGCAAGGAAGCGCUGGACAUUCGCCUUCAAGUCAACAAGAACAAGAACCGGUUUGACGUCGACGGCAAUCGCCACCAGAUCGAGGCGCUCAAGGGCGCGAUCCAGGCGGCGGUCGCGAGCUUCCUCGAGAGCGUGCAUACCUUUGACGUCGAUGAGCGCUGCUUGAGCCUCAUCAUUGGCAAGAAGGGUGCCAAGAUCAAGGCGAUCGAGGCCGAGAGCGGCGCCAAAGUCGACAUUCAAGGCCACACGCUCUACAUCCUCGGCGAGGCCGACCAGAUUCAAAAGGCGACGGCCUUGGUGGACGAGAUUGUGGCCAAGAACCAGCGCUCCGUUGUGUACACGUCAUCGCACUUGACGGGUCUUUUGCUCAACAACAAGCGUGCCAAGCUCAACGAGAUUGAGAAGGCCAGUGGCUGCAACGUGCAGCUGCCGCCCGCGCCCGCUGGGGGCAAGGCGCCGCGCACCAAGGCGACGACGAUGGCCAUCACACUCACCGGCACCACGAGUGCGAUUCAGCUGGCGUCGACGGCGCUGGAAGCGCUCAACGACGAGAACAAGGUCGUGUACCUUCCUUUGGACGGGGACGAGGUCGCGACCGUGAUUGGCAAGAAGGGCGAGACGAUCAUGAAGCUGGAGAAGGACACGGGGUGCCGACUCCGCGUCCUCGACGACGUCUCGGAGGGUAGCCGCGAGCUCGAGCUUAUGGGCACCGCCGACCAAGUGGCGGCGGCGACAUCCGCGCUGGACGGCCUCCUCCGCACGUCGGCGCGCCAGCUCUUGAACUUGGACGAGUUCUCGGUCGCGUGCCUGAUUGGCAAGAAGGGCGAGCGCAUCAAGGAAGUGCGAGCAGCCCACCCGAAGGUGACGCUCGAUACGUUCCAGAAGAGCCAGGUGGUGCGCAUCCAAGGCAACGACAAGGCCGACGUGGACGCGUGCGCCGCCGCGAUUUUGGACCUGCUCCAGAACACGACCGUGUUUGAGACGAUCAAGGCCGGCGGGCGCGGUCGCUUCGACGCACUUCUUUCGGACCCAACGAUCGCGUUGCACCUCGCUGAGCUCGAAGCGCAGGGCGGCGUCAAGGCCAGCGUGCAAGAGAACGGCACGCAGGUCAAGCUCCGGGGGUCGCCGCUGGGCAUCGCCAAGCUCAAGAGCUUUUUCGACAUGCUCGCCGACACGCACUGCAUCGCGUCGAUUCCGCUAGCGUCCAAGGCGCAUGCAACGUCGCUGCGCGGGUCGACCGACGACAGCCUCCACGAGAACGUGCUGCAGGUCGUCAAGCAGACCAAGACGGUCAUUCGCAUCAAGGCCGACAAGUCGAGCCCGAGCGGCUUUGCCGUCUCGCUCGAAGGCGCGUCGCUGGCCAAGGUCCUCGACGCCAAGCUCCGUGUCGAGAGCCUCCUCCAGUUCUUUUUCCCGUCGCACGUCAAGGUGCUCUCGGGCGUCUCGGCCUCGGCCGUGCCCCGUCUCUUCCAGUCGCUGCCCCUCCUUGGUGCCUACCACGCGACCUUGUCUCUGGCGUCGAAAGACUCGAUCAAGAUCAUCACGGACUCGGAGGCCAACACCAAGACGGUGCACAAGAAGCUCGAGGAGAUCCUCAAGGCGCACGACAAGGAGUACCACGAGAUGACGAUCCCGGGGCACCUCGUGCCGCAGCUCGUGGGCAAGAACGGCGAGUCGAUCAAGCGCCUCUCGAGCGAAAGCCACGCGACACUCAACUUGUCGCCUGCCGACGCCGACGAUCCGUGGGCCGCUCGGUCCCUCACGAUCCACUCGCGCGACGAAGCGAACGUCAAGGCGGCGGUGCGCCUUGUGCAAGAGCUGUUGCACGCGUACGAAGCCGAGUGCGCGUCGGUCGUCGUGCCGCUGACGCUCCUCGACGCGGCGAUGGGCCUCAAGCGCCAGAGCCCCAGCGGCGUCUCGUUCAACGUGCAGGAGAAGACGGACCUCUCGGCCACGAUUCAGAUCCACGCCAAGAACGCGACCGAGCGCGCGUCCACGGUCGCCAAGCUGCAAGAGCUUGUGGCCACGACCACGGUGCUGCAGAUUGUCUUGCCGUCGACCGACAUUGUCGGCUCGCUCAUCGGCAAGGGCGGCGCCAACAUCAAGACGCUCCAGUCCAUGCACUCUGGCCUCCAGGUCGACAUUCGCCGUGCCGAGAAGGACGGUGCGCAGAGCAAGGUGUCGCUUCGCGGUGAAAAGGCGGCGGUCGCGGCCGCGGCGGUCUGGGUCCGCGAGAAGAUCGCGGCGAUCGUGGCCAUGGAUGCGGAGAAGCGGGCGUUCACCAAGCCCAAGCCCGAAAAGGCAGCGGCGCCCGUCGACGCGCCAGUGGAAGCGCCCAUCGAGACGCCGGCCAAGCCGACGCGCCACGUGCCCGUGGGUGCGCCGGCGGCGAUGGACAAGAAUGCUCGUCGGCGCCAGCGCAAGCGCGAAGAGAAGGAGCAGGCGGAUGCGGCGGCGGCCAAGGCGGCCAAGGGCGUGCUCUCGCCGCGGGCCCACUACGGCCCCAAGUCGGACUUCUUCAACUACCUUCCCCCCGGCAGCAAGUAG